CGCACAACCAGUAUCGUCGCACGAAAAUUUCGCGCUCGCGUUUUUAAUACAUUGCAUAUUGUAUAAAGGUCUCGCGCACGGCAGUGCUACCUGGCAACAGGCAAAAAUAAGGGAAAGCGCGAGAUAAGGAAUUAUCGCGCGACUCGUUCGCGCACACGGACACGCAUACUACACGAAAACAUGCAGUAACACACACCGAGACACGUCAAUCUAAAAUAAGGUUAUUCCUUCGCGCGAAUGAUAUCGUUCUAUGGCCAUCGCGUCGCGAGUCCGUGUCUGUUUACCAAAUAGCUCCGAAUCAAUCGCGCGUCACAGCAGUGUGUGUAUAGUAGCAGAAAUGCCUGACAUGUAUCGUGCAGAAGAACAGUUGUGACAUUACAAUGUAAAUAAGCUGGAUAUAUCGAGGAAGAAAGGAAUGAUCGUGUAGGAAAGAAAAAGGAGUCGGUCAAAUCUCGUCGUGUGAUGCGCAAUCUAUCCGAUAGUGUGUAGUGGUAAUUUUUUCGAUUAAAAGCUCGAUAUGUCAUCGACGACAACAAAGUAUCGUCAACGAUAAUGCCGAGCACGGUUUCUCGCGUGAUCGUUUUACGGCCUGCAAUAAUCAUACGUGUACUUCGGAGUUUUUGAGCAUUAAAACGCGCCGCGAGCGAGGUCACGUAUUGUUUAAUUUUAUAAAACGUCGUCAUUCCAAAUAGCGCCGAGCAUCGUGUAUACACAACAACAAUAAUCGCGGACCAUGGCUUUCGAAAACAAAUUCAAUACCAAGAGCUCAGCUGUUAAACGGCUUAUGAAAGAAGCACAAGAGCUUCACGAUGCCAACGACGAGUACUGCGCCUAUCCACUGGAAGAAAAUAUAUUCGAAUGGCAUUUUACUAUUCAGGGUCCACCGUCCACCGAUUUUGAGGGUGGAAUAUAUCAUGGAAAGAUCAUAUUACCACCUGAGUAUCCCAUGAAACCACCCAAUAUUAUUUUAUUGACACCUAAUGGACGAUUCGAAGUGAACAAGAAAAUAUGUCUCAGUAUUUCGGAUCAUCAUCCAGAAACUUGGCAGCCUUUAUGGAGCAUUCGGACUGCCUUAUUGGCUCUCAUAGCAUUUAUGCCUUCUCCUGCGAAUGGCACUAUCGGAUCAUUAGAUUAUGCUCCAGAAGAACGUAGGAAACUAGCUUGGAAAUCGUUGAACUGGGAAUGUGAUCACUGUGGUAAAAUUGUAAAUUUGUUAUCGCAAAAUAAAUCUAGAGCUAGAGAGCAACCACUUCUCAGCAAUCAUGAAACUUCAGGAAUUGAUGAAAUAAGCAGUACAGUCACUGAUACUGAUGUGCGGGAACGAAGAUUUCCAAGUUCAAAUACAAACACCACUGUUCCACAAGAAAGGCAUCUUGAACCAACGAAUGGUGUACUACAAGAAGAUGUAAAUAAUUCAAACAGCUCCUCUUUAAAUUUUUUAAUUGGUUUCCUCCUAUUUGGAAUACUGUUCUUAGCUAUGCGUAGACUGUUAUACUUGAUAUUAUAGUUAAAUAUUAUCUUCAAUUACACACAAAAGCAUAUCAAUUGUUUUGUUGUCUCUUGCAAUAAGUUCAAUAUAAAUCUUAAAUAUUUGCUUAAAAUGUAAACUAUCAGAUAUUUAUUACAAAGUUAUUAUCUUUAUGAUUAAAUAUAGAGUAUAUAGAUUUAUAUGAUGUAUAAUUCACAUAAUUACAAGAAAAAGAAUGGUUUCUUGUAUAUUGCAUAAAAUCUCAACAAGUUGUUAUUUACAGUACACAAAGGAUUGAAAAAAAGUUAAUUUUUAUUUGAAAAUAUUAUAAAACAUCAAAAGAGUGGAAUUAACUCUCUUGAGUUAUUGAGAUAGAUGCUACGUGAAUGAUAAAUAUACAAAAAUGUAUUUGGGGUCAAACGUUAGACCUACUUGAACUGUUCUGUCCUAACUUGUACUAUUCAGUUUUUAGUUACAAUAUUUUGUAACACAGAAAGUAUUGCAAAGAUGCACAAUUAAAUCACAAAAUCAUCAUGAACUAGAUGAUUUUGUAAAUUCUUUAGUAACAUAAAGAUUUUUAACAAAAUGUAAUAGUUUUUUACUUUACACCAAUGAUUUUAGUUAUAUUUUAUCGAGAAGCGCGUGUCGCUCUACAGCUGUGCAUUGCAAUUUUACUCACUAAUAUUCUUUUCUUCAUUUUAAUGUUAUAACAGAUAUUGAGUAUCUGAAAAGUCCAGCAAAUUCCUCAAAGAAACAAAGAGAUUGUAACUUGAACACAGUUUUUCUGUGUGGAGAGAGGAAUUUUGUGCAUUACACAACUAAGAGCUAAAUGUUCUUUAUUGAAGAUAGAAUAAAAUAUGAACUCUA